AGAUACACCAAAAUGAAGACAGCAACCAACAUUUACAUCUUCAACCUGGCUUUGGCUGAUGCUUUGGUUACCACUACAAUGCCAUUUCAGAGUGCAGACUACUUGUUGAACUCUUGGCCAUUUGGUGAAAUAGUAUGCAAAGUCUUCAUCUCAAUUGACUACUACAACAUGUUUACCAGCAUUUUCACCCUAACCAUGAUGAGUGUGGACCGUUAUGUGGCCGUGUGCCAUCCUGUCAAGGCACUAGACUUCCGUACACCACUCAUGGCUAAGACCAUCAACGUGGGCAUAUGGGUACUGUCCUCAGCAGCAGGAGUGCCAGCCAUGGUGCUUGGGGGAACACAGACUAAUAAUGGCACCACAGAGUGUGCCCUGCAGUUUCCUGACCCUUACGAGUACUGGGACACGCUAAUGAAGAUCUGUGUGUUCGUCUUUGCUUUUGUUGCUCCUGUCCUCAUCAUUAGCAUCUGCUACUCUCUCAUGCUUCUGCGACUGCGUAGUGUCCGCUUACUCUCUGGUUCUCGAGAGAAAGACCGCAACCUUCGCCGCAUCACCCGUUUGGUCCUAGUGGUUGUAGCAGCUUUUAUUAUUUGCUGGACUCCUAUUCAUAUCUUCAUUCUUCUGAAAGCUAUAGUGGGCAUUCCUGAGACUACACCACUAAUGGCUGCCUAUUUUCUAUGUGUUGCUCUUGGUUACACCAACAGCAGCCUGAACCCUAUUCUCUAUGCUUUUCUAGAUGAAAAUUUUAAGAGGUGCUUUAAGGACUUCUGUUUGCCAGCCAGGCGAAAGGGAGAUAGAGGGGUUGGAGGGAGCAGACUAGGGAGGAUUGCAUCCAGGCAGUCUCCCCUGGCUGCAGAGAGUGCCCCAAGGACAGCAAAGCCAGCAUGACUAGCCGUGGAAUUGUCCUUCAUUACACAAUCUGGAAAGGAGGACUCCAACACAAUGGGACUGACACAGGUCUCUUCUGCACUCUGAUCAUAAUUCAGCCAAGAGGUGGUGUGACUCGAAGAGAGCACUGUGAGAAGACUUGCUAUAUUACACCCUGAAUAUAGUGUGAUGAUGUGAGAGCCUAUUGA